GGGCGCGCUCCCCACAGCCUCCAGGCCGCCAUUUUGGCUAGAAAGUUUGGAAUUCCCGAGCAGUGCGAGCGGGAGGCGGCGGGCGGCGCGAGCGCCUCAGCUCUGCCCGCCCCGGCCCCGGCCCCGGCCCCGUCCCGCCGCACCGCCCGGCCCGGCCCGUCUCUCGCGGAGGCGACGCGGCCGUUGCCAGCGGCGGAGCCCCGAGCGGAGCCGCUUUGCUCGCCGGCUGGCCGGCGGGUGCGCGGGCGGGUCGGUCGGUGGGUCGGUCAGGCGGGGCGGCCGCCGCCGCUGCCGCCCCCCCCCCUCCCCCGCCCCGCGCCCGGGUGGCACCGUGAUCCGCCCCGCCGCCCCCGCCGCGCCGCCCUGAGUCGGGCUCAAAGUUUGUGAGGCGGAGUCCCCGCCGCCGGGGGAGCGGCGCGGCUGCGGAGCGCCAUGCCCGUCAGGAAGCAAGAUACCCAGCGAGCCCUGCGCCUCCUGGAGGAAUACCGCUCCAAGCUGAGCCAGGCGGAGGACCGGCAGCUGCGAAACUCCAUAGAGCGGGUCAUCAGCAUCUUCCAAAGUAACCUUUUCCAGGCUUUGAUAGAUAUUCAAGAAUUUUAUGAAGUGACCUUAUUGGACAAUCCAAAAUGCAUUGAUCACUCUCAGCCAUCUGAACCAAUACAGCCUGUGAACACCUGGGACUUCUCCAGCCUUCCAAGCACAACAGUGACAUCAGAAACACUGCCAAGCAGCCUUAGCCCAAGUGUAGAGAAAUACCGCUACCAGGAUGAAGAUACACCUCCACAGGAGCACAGCUCUCCACACAUUACCAGUGAGGUCACGGGUCCAGAGCUGGUUCAUGUAUCGGAGAAGAAUCUGUCACAGAUUGAGAAUGUCCAUGGAUUUGUUUCCCAUUCUCAUAUUUCACCAGUAAAGCCCACAGAAGCUGUUCCUUCCUCUUCUCCCAUUGUCCCUGUGAUCCCUGUCCCACCAGUCCCUGCUGAGACCACUGUCAUCCCAUCUACCAUACCACAGGCAAAUCCCCCUCCAGUGCUGGUGAAUACAGAUUCUUUGGAGACUCCAACAUACGUCAAUGGCACAGAUGCAGAUUACGAGUAUGAAGAAAUUACGCUUGAAAGGGGAAAUUCAGGACUUGGCUUUAGCAUUGCAGGUGGUACAGACAACCCACAUAUUGGGGAUGAUUCAAGUAUUUUCAUUACAAAAAUUAUAGCCGGGGGUGCAGCUGCACAAGAUGGAAGAUUACGGGUUAAUGAUUGUAUUCUACGAGUAAAUGAAGUGGAUGUUCGUGAUGUGACACACAGCAAAGCAGUAGAAGCAUUGAAAGAAGCGGGAUCAAUUGUGCGAUUGUAUGUCAAAAGAAGAAAACCAGUCACAGAAAAAAUAGUGGAAAUCAAACUUGUAAAAGGUCCUAAAGCAGGUCUUGGUUUCAGUAUUGCUGGUGGUGUAGGAAAUCAGCAUAUACCUGGAGACAACAGCAUCUAUGUAACCAAAAUCAUUGAAGGUGGGGCAGCACAUAAAGAUGGCAAACUUCAGAUUGGGGACAAACUCUUAGCUGUGAACAGUGUUUGCUUAGAAGAAGUUACUCAUGAAGAAGCAGUGACUGCCUUAAAAAACACAUCAGACUUUGUCUAUCUGAAAGUUGCAAAACCCACCAGCAUGUUCAUGAAUGAUAGUUAUGCCCCUCCUGACAUCACAAACUCUUAUUCUCAGCCAGUGGAUAACCAUAUCACUCCAUCUGCCUAUUUGGGACAGUCCCUGCCCCCAGCAUCACCAGGGCGAUAUUCACCAAUUCCCAAGGGAAUGCUUGGAGAUGAUGAGAUUACCAGAGAGCCUAGAAAGGUCGUCCUGCAUCGAGGAUCUACAGGGCUUGGUUUCAACAUUGUUGGAGGAGAAGAUGGAGAAGGAAUUUUCAUCUCUUUCAUCCUUGCAGGAGGGCCCGCUGACCUGAGUGGAGAGCUUAGGAAAGGAGAUCGUAUUAUUUCUGUAAAUGGAGUAGAUCUAAAAGCAGCAACCCAUGAACAGGCAGCAGCAGCCCUCAAGAAUGCAGGCCAAGCAGUAACUAUUGUAGCUCAGUACCGUCCAGAAGAAUACAGUCGUUUUGAAGCUAAAAUACAUGAUUUACGGGAACAGAUGAUGAACAGUAGCAUUAGUUCAGGAUCAGGAUCUUUGCGAACCAGCCAGAAGAGAUCCCUAUAUGUCAGAGCUCUUUUUGAUUAUGACAAGACUAAAGAUAGCGGCCUUCCAAGUCAAGGGUUGAACUUCAAGUUUGGCGAUAUUCUCCAUGUCAUUAAUGCUUCUGAUGAUGAAUGGUGGCAAGCACGGCAGGUAACGCCAGAUGGAGAAAGUGAUGAAAUUGGAGUUAUCCCAAGCAAACGCAGAGUUGAGAAAAAAGAACGAGCCCGUUUAAAGACAGUGAAAUUCAAUUCCAAAACAAGAGGAGAUAAAGGGCAGUCAUUCAAUGACAAGCGUAAAAAGAACCUCUUUUCCCGAAAAUUUCCCUUCUACAAGAACAAGGACCAGAGUGAGCAGGAAACCAGUGAUAUUGACCAGCAUGUAACCUCUAAUGCCAGCGAUAGUGAAAGUAGUUACCGUGGCCAAGAGGAAUACGUCUUGUCAUACGAACCAGUCAAUCAACAAGAAGUUAGUUACACUCGACCUGUGAUUGUUUUGGGACCCAUGAAGGACAGAAUAAAUGAUGAUCUGAUCUCGGAAUUUCCAGACAAAUUUGGCUCUUGUGUUCCACAUACUACUAGACCAAAACGAGAUUAUGAGGUGGAUGGACGUGAUUACCAUUUUGUCACUUCUCGAGAGCAAAUGGAGAAGGAUAUUCAGGAUCACAAAUUCAUUGAAGCUGGCCAGUACAAUAAUCAUCUUUAUGGAACAAGUGUCCAAUCAGUGCGAGAAGUAGCAGAAAAGGGUAAACAUUGCAUUCUUGAUGUUUCUGGUAAUGCCAUCAAAAGGUUGCAGAUUGCCCAGCUGUACCCAAUCUCCAUUUUUAUUAAACCCAAAACAGUGGAAAAUAUCAUGGAAAUGAAUAAACGCUUAACAGAAGAGCAAGCCAGGAAGACAUUUGAGAGAGCCAUGAAACUGGAGCAAGAAUUUACUGAACACUUCACAGCUAUUGUCCAAGGAGACACACUGGAAGAAAUCUACAACCAAGUGAAACAGAUCAUAGAGGAACAGUCUGGGCCUUACAUCUGGGUUCCGGCAAAGGAAAAAUUAUGAAAACAAGUUUUUAUUUUUCAUUUUCUAACUGACAUCACCUACUACAUCUGACGACUCUUAAGCCCUUCCAGUGGAGCCUGCCUCUAGUUCUUUCCAGCGUGGUUCAUACCCUAACCAUCACAUUCUGCAGUUCCCAUAAGCUUUACAUUUGGUGUCUCUCUUAGUUUAAAUAAUUUGUAUUAUUGUGUGUUGUUGGUUUGCCAUUUUUCAAACAUGACAGUGGAAUGGCCUGACCAGCUAUUAGUUUGGGGUGGGGGUGGGAGGGAAUUGCUUGGUAAAAUUCCUUAAUGUUUAAGGGAAAGUAACUUUCAAAGAUUUUUCAAAAAAGCUUUAUAGACAUUCUUUUAAAAUUUCAUAACAAUUGAAAGAAAAAUUGUAUUCAAGGAAGUUGUAAAUCAUAAGUAACUUUGCACGCUUAACUUUAAUAGCAUGGUUUGGUCAGGGCAAUCAAUUUCAGGUUUUAUUUUCUGAGUUAAAUUCUAUUCUCACAGUAUUUUUUUUUUUCUUUCCAGGCAGUUAGAAAGAAACUCUCAAAUUUUGAGUUAACAUUUUCAUUAAGUCCCAUUACUAUUGCUCAAGGGAUAUUCAUUUUCAUAAUUUCAUAUGGAUAUUCUUAUAAUCUAUUUUUUCAUUUUUUGCCAAUAAAAUUGCUAGGGACAAAGAUGCGUAAUGUUUUUAAUCUUCCUGGUGAAACACUAUUUAUAGUGUCUUACAGAAAUUGUUUAUAGAUAAUGGUCCUCACACUUUUUGAGCCUAAAAUAUGUUUAGGUGCUAGGAAACCUUGUAUUUUUCAGAGGAAUGCCAAAUUUCCGUUGGCAGUAAUACAGAAAACAGCUGCAGAGAUGGUCAUUAGGGCAAUGAGAGAAAGAUUCGUAGCCUAAAAUGUGUGUGUUCUUAGGGGUCAGAUUUUAAUAGAUAUUUUACCCACAAUAACUGCCUAUUUUGUUAUAAUAAAUAUAUAUAUAUUAAACUUUCUUUAACUAAACUCUGUAACUAUGGGAAUUAUUUUCUUUACAUAGUUGCGCACACGUAUAAAUAUAUAUAUAAAAUAUAUAUAUUUUUCUUUUAUCACCUACUCCUAGCUUUUUGUUUUGAAUAAAAAUACAAAUUAGAAUUUACCUUCCUUAAACAUAAGAAAUCGAUUGGGCUAUGGUGGCUGGGCAUAAAGUCCAGGGAAUAUUAGUUACAAAAAACCAAAACCAAACAUGCAAGUUCUCCUCUUUUCUAUGGGAUUUCAGGGGUUUGUCUCCCCCCCCUCCCCCGCUCCUUGUAAUAUGCAUGUCUUAACCAAAGGGAGAAUUCGGGUCAAUGAUACAUUUUAUUUUUCUGUACAUGUUCAUCUUGGAUUGCGUAGGCACAAGAUUUUCCAUUUGCAACGCACAAACUUCUGUGCUGAAUGUUAGAAAUACGUUGUACCAAAACAUGGAACUCCCUUCAGUAAUGAAAUUCUCUAAUUGCCAUAUUAUUUGGUACCUGCCAUUGCUUGUUUGCAACUGAUUGUUUAUAAGAGGGAUGUACUUAACGACAGUCACGGUGCAGUCACACAACCAAAUUUGGUUUGUAAAGAAUUAUCAACACUAUCCAUUCCAUUUGUUAGAAAGAGGAGAACAGCUAAUAAACUUUGUUGUACAAUA